CACACUUCGAGGACGACAACGAGCCGGCAAAACGAGGGCGAUAUUUAAUUGCUACAAAACUCCUUAUUUUCCAGAAAUUCUCCACAUAAUAUGACAGUGUGACACAAACAUUUACUUUAUACGAUGCCUGGGGAAGAUGAUAAGCCUACUUCUGGGUUGUCGUCAAGCCACCCACAUCUUUCUGCUGAGGAUGAAGCUCACUAUUCCAAGUUGUUCGAUCAGCUGGACGUGAAUGGCGAUGGGCGAAUUGAUGUAGACGAUUUGCAGGAAGGUUUUCAGCGACUUGGAGUUCAUGUUGUACCCGGUCAUGCUCAGAAAUUUAUGUCCAAGAGUGACCAGAACAAAGAUGGUCAUUUGGAUUUUGUGGAGUUUGUGCAGUACGUGAUGGAGCACGAGAAACAACUGAAAUUAGUAUUCAAGCACAUUGACCACAACCAAGAUGGUCACCUAGACGUCCAUGAAAUCUUGGCAUCGUUAAGAAAACUAGGAGUUUCCGUCAGUGAAGAAGAAGCUGACAAGCUGAUGAAGAGAUUAAAGGGCUGUAAAGGGUGUGCCGUACCAACCCAUUUGGAGGACGAUGUGGAGUGUGUAUGCUAUAUGGAUAAAGAUGGUUCGCUUAAAGUAGACUGGAAUGAAUGGAGGAAUUACCUUUUGUUACAUCCUAGCUCAGAUCUUAGAGACAUUUAUACUUACUGGAAACAUGCAUCAUUUAUAGACAUCGGUGAGACAUUGUCUGUUCCGGAUGAGUUUACUGAAGAUGAGAAGCAGACCGGGAGAUGGUGGCGUAUUCUACUCGCUGGAGGAGCAGCAGGAGCUGUAUCUAGGACAGUCACUGCACCCCUGGACAGACUGAAAGUUAUAUUCCAGGUGAUCGGAUCGAAAAAGAACAAUCUUGGAAUAAUCUCAGGUUUUCAGCACAUGUACAGAGAGGGAGGUAUCUUAUCAAUGUGGAGGGGGAAUGGUAUUAAUGUCUUGAAGAUUGCUCCAGAAACAGCACUCAAGUUCUACGCAUAUGAACAUAUCAAGAAACUUCUAAGGAUCGAAGGGAAAGAGUUGAAGAUUCAUCACCGAUUUGCGGCUGGUUCAAUGGCUGGGGUCAUAUCACAAUCUAUCAUCUAUCCAAUGGAGGUACUGAAGACAAGGUUAGCAAUAAGAAAGACUGGUCAGUACAAGGGCAUCUUAGACUGUGCAAUGAAAGUAUACAGGACUGAAGGCCUACGGUGUUUCUACAAAGGGUAUAUACCCAAUGCACUAGGCAUCAUACCAUACGCUGGCAUUGAUUUAGCUGUGUAUGAGACGGUGAAAAAUCGAUGGUUAAAGAACCACCACCAGUCUGGUGCCCCACCCACGUUAGUACUGCUGGCCUGUGGCACAUUCUCAAGUACCUGUGGACAAUUAGCGAGCUAUCCAUUGGCCUUGGUUAGGACAAGGUUGCAAGCACAAACUUCAAAAGAGAGUUCAAUGAUAGGAUUGUUCCGUGCCAUUUACACACAAGAGGGCGUGCGAGGUUUGUACCGGGGCAUCGCGCCAAAUUUCAUGAAGGUCGCCCCCGCAGUCAGCAUCGGCUAUGUGGUGUACGAGAAUGUUCGACAAGUCCUGGGCGUAAGAAUGUAACCACGAUAUCAUUGUACAGUCUCUCCUCUAUAUUUCUUGCUGUAUAUUUUGGUACUCCUAGAUUGGUCAUAGGUGCGACUGAUUGGGAGGGAAGACAAUGUGUUCUGGAUUAAUCUCAUUUUGCACCACGCUGAUUUGGGGGCAAAUUGGUUCUGUUUUUAAAUUAUUUUAUUUGUUGAAUAAACUGAACUGAAAUGAAUAAUGUGUCGCCACCAUGUUUGUCACGUACCCUGCUGUAUGCAAUAACAGUUAUGCAUUCUGAUGAGCAAGCACCAGACUAUGUUCUUCUUCCUGUUUCAAUUUGAUGAGAUUAAUUUGAAUUGUUGACAAAACAUUUGUCAGAUCUUCACCUUAUUUGCGGAGUCAACCUGAGUGUAAUAACACUGCACUGUAUAACACAAUGACUUUCAAAAUGGCACUACCGAGGUGAUUGAGACGAUGACAAUAGAUUGAAUUGGGUAAGAAGACAACAUACAAGAAUUGAAAUCUGCACAGGUGAUGAAGAGCGCUUUGAUUUGCCUCCGAGAUGGUGCAUUAAUGGGCAUGGAUAUUGUUUGCAAGAGCUCUUUUAAACUUAUGAUCUGUCAAAGGUUUGUGCAUGAAAUUACUGUAAAAGUAGGCGGAGCAUGUAACCAUCAUUGGCGAUGUGUGUACAACAGGCGCCCUCUGUGGUAAAUAUGUAGAGAGCUUUGAAUUGGUUUUAUAUCUAAGAUGUUUCUCUGUGUACAACAGGCGCCCUCUGUGGUAAAUAUGUAGAGAGCUUUGAAUUGGUUUUAUAUCUAAGAUGUUUCUCUGUGACUUUUCCUGCUACUAGUUUUUCUUUCAUUGUCUGAACUUUUUUGUGCCUUUGAUCUUUUUCUUUUUGUACUCGAGAUUAAAAAAUUGUUGAGCUUAAUGUAAGCUUGUCUGCCUUAUGUAAUAAUAAAGAGAUGUCGAAGGUGAGGAUAGUUGUUUACUCUACCAAUAGCUACGCCCUGUACACUGACCACGCCCAUUUCUGACCUGGCUCAUAAGUUAUGUUAAAUAAUCAUAUUUUGUGUUCGCUCACUAUGUUUUCUGUUUCCAAAACUGCUACCAUGCAUUUAAUACUAAUAAUUUUGGUGGACUAUUCAAACCUUGAUUGAUAGUUAACUCUGUAUUUCAAACUUGCAUUUCCAACGAGAACUCAAAUUUUGUUCUCGCCAGUCCAGUAAAUGUGCCAACAAUCCCGAUAAAUCUGUCAAAAAAAUUGUAUCUUUACUGGUGUUAAUAUAACAUCAACCCGUGUCAAAGUUUAAAUAAGUAUUUAUUUAUUUAAUUAGAAGUUUUUGGUGUUGGGGAAUGUGAUAUAAAGUUGAUAGAUUUUUAUUGUUGCUCGGUAGAACAUGUUAUGAUAGGAGUUUAAGAUUGUAUAUACAAGAGUUGAAGCAUAUCACUAAUAAUCGUCUGCAGCUCCUACUUUGGGCCUGAAAUAGCAGAUGGAUUUCUACAGUAGGGUUCUCUGCUUACAUAGCUAGCGCUGAAAUUCAGCGCCUGCACAUGAGCGGAGAGUGGUUAUCAUUAGCGCAUAUUUCGGCAGUAAGCAGAGCCAUUAAAAUGGCUCUGCAGAGCAGGGACCCCUUGGUUGAACCAUUGCCAUGGAGCAGACCAUUUAUUGUCAGGCAUUUGGGAAUUAUGGGAUGGUUGACUUGUGCCCAGUUUUAUGGGUCUGCUUACUGCACAAGUCCGCACUCUGUAAGCGCAGAAUUAUUUGGUAAGCACAACUAUUAUUUGUUAUCCUGUCAUCCUUCAUAUAAAGUCAUUUUAAAAAUUUUCUUGAAAGUUAAUCUUUUCAUGUUUAAAACUCGAACUUUUUAUAAAGUUUUUAUAGUCACUUUAACAAAGUCUCAAUUUUGAGAAAGUCAAAUGGCAAGAGUAUCUCUUCUCUUCCUUGUUUAUAAUUAUAUUAUGUAUGUAUUUAACCUUCUUAUUUACCUUCAUAAUUUGGUUUUCAUAGGACUGUUACUCUAAUCAUCUCAAAUCCCUUAAGCAGUUUAAAGGUGUUGUGUUCAUGCAACUGUAAAUAAUUAUAAUUUAUACCCAUAACUAACUUAUACCCCCCCCCCCCCCCGAUACGCUUACUUCUACUACCUAAAAUCCUAACCCAGACUCUACCCAAAACCAACCCCUACCCCAAACUCAACUCCUACAUGAAAUACAAACCCCUACCCCAAAACCCCUACCCCAACGCAAACGGAACCCCCCUUCCUAAAGCCCAACCCUAAACUCGAACCCAGCCAUACCCUUACCUCACACCCAGUCCCAGGAACCAUAGGUAUGCCUGACCCCUACCCCAAACCCUAACACCCACCCCUAACAUCCACCCCUAACACCCACCCCUAACACCCACCCAAAACCCUAAGCCAAUCCCCUCUUGACUCUCCAACCCAAACUUGCAAGUGCAAUUAUACAAUUCAGACCUUUAUCCAUUGGAACAGAGCAAGAAGAUUGGUGUUGUCUCUGUAAUUGCUUUGAGGCAUUGUGUGUGCACUCCCAUUAAAUAGCUGUAUGGCAAAACGUUGGCUUCCCAAUGGUUGAUUUGGCUCAAUUUGCACUGUUUUAGGCCUGUCACAUGUAACAGUGUUGCAGGUCUCGCGACCGGUCUUGGUGGCGAGACAGAGACCGGUCUCGACACUCUGGUCUUGGUGGGGAGACUAUUUUGGGUCUGGGACAUGCUGGUCUGGGGUGUACUGGUCUUGACUUUAACACUGUCAUGGUAUUGAUACACUAUGUUCACAGCUGGGGUGCGUUUUGGCGGAUGUAACCAACAAUUGUUUCAGUUGUUUUGGCCUACGUUAUACACUAGUAGCCAAACCAGUUAUUGGUUGCGACCGCCAAAAUGCACCCAUUAUGUUAAAGAGCAGUCACAUCAGACACAGAUGUGGAUUGAGCGCAGUGUUCUUCAUGUUGGUAGCCAAGGUGCAGCCAUGUUGCGUUUCCAUUGUAACCAAAUAGAGGCUGGGAUAGCAAAAUAGUCAGGUCCCCCUUGGUACAAUAAAAAGCAGUAUUGAUUAUUGCUAUCACAUAAAGGGAACACUACAAAGAUGAAUGCUACAUGGCUUGGUUUCUAAAUGUUUCACAUUUUUUGACUUUUAACUUUGAGAUUAAUUAUUAACAAAUUCA